AGAAACCGCGGUCUAGAAAUAAGCAACUCGUGUAUUACGACCGAAGACGAAAAUGUGUACACUACUAAAUUUCGGAUCUUACUUCUCCGAAGCAUUCACUAAAUUUACGCGUGGAGGAAAUUCAUGUAUUUAGAAAGAGUCAAGCACAACACGAAGGACCGUUCGCGAGCCCGAGUAAAACAAGCAAAACGUGUAGGAAAAGCAGCACGUGGGAAGUAUGAAAACAAAACUAAGGGUGACCGUUGAGAGUCAAAGCGUCCAUCUCGGCUGAGCGUCACUGAGGCGCGCCAUUUCCCCCACCCUUCACCUGCGCCUCGCUGCCUCGCGUCGCGCGUCUCUCUGGCAGUCAGCGGUGGGCGCUCGUGGUGUACGUAUCGUAAUACGCGCGGGGUAGUGUUUCUCGCCCCUUCUCCCCUUCUCUGUCUCUUCUCUUUCUCUCUCUCUCUCUCUGUCUCUCUCUUUCUAUCUCUACCCGCUUCUACGUCAUUCGUAUCGUUCGAACGGCAACAGUGAUUUUCCGCGCGACGUUCGUACGGCGUCGCGACGCGACGCGACGCGCCGCGUCGGGCACGUGCCGACGUCGAAGCUCGACGUUGGGAAGAACGAUCCGAAUCCCAAGCACGUCUCCUCGGUUGCGCGCUCCAUUCUCGCUCGGUGCGUUUGUUUUGACAUGUGUGUGAGCUGCCAUAUUGGAUUACCGCAUCGUCGCUGCUGUUGCUGCUCCUACUACUCCUGCCGCCGCUGCCGUAGUUGUCGCCGUCGUCGCUGCGGGAUCAUCGGGCACCGAGUGGGACUUUACUAUUGAGAGAGGAGGACCUACCGACGGAUCAGGCAUGGAACCCAUCACAACGAUUGUGCGGUACAGUUAAGAUCGGGCGGUUGAUGCCUGAUGGCGCGGGCUGGAACGCAACGCUGGAGAAAUCCUGCUCCAGAAGGUGACGAUGUGCAACGAUCGAUCGAGCUGCUGGACAAGGUGCUCUCAGAGUACGACGAGCACGACGCGGAGGGCGAAGGUGGCGGCGGUGGUAGCGGCAGCGGCGGGGGCGGCUGCGUCGGCGGCGGGGGCAGCGGGGGCGUCGGGGAUUGCGGCAGCAGCACGGAACCGAGUAUUGGCCUCACGCCCGACGACGAGAGUCCGUCCUUAGGACACCAAUCCGAGGACGACGGUUACAUGAGCAUGAAUGGUCGGAAGGCGAAGAUGGCACUGGUAGCAUUACGUCCGGUUCCGGACUGUCCGGAGCCGCAGGAUCUUGCGGGCGUUUCCACGCAGGAGUUCCCGCCGCCCCCGGAGGAGGCCGAACGUAUUAUCUCGACUCUUCUGCCGAUGGUUUCCCCGGGAAACUCGUCGAAGAGGAACGUCGUCGUCGGCCAGAGCUCGGAGCGGCGGAACGCCGGCCGGCAGCAGCAGUGGAUGGUCGCCGUGGAGGAUAGCAUGCGGCACGGAAACGCCGUUACCACGCAGACCACCCUCCCGAAGACCCGGCACCAGCGACCGUACGGCUGGGAGAACGGUACCGUGGAGUCGUUGCGACUAGCCCAACCGCCCAGUCCGCCCAGCAAGUUCGCCAGCCUGCCGUACGACGGCAAGAUGUCCUUCAACUGGAUCCCGCCGCGGACGAACCCGAGCGCGGUGGAGAAGCACCGCGAGGUGCGCCGCCGCUCCUCGGAGGAGUGCCUGGAGGACACCGGCCGUCAACAGCAAAGCCCGGAGCGGGACCGCACGUCGCACCUGAGGAAGCAGCAACGGCAGAACGAGAUCAUGAAGUCGAGCAGCGUCGAGGAUCGCCUGCUGAUGAACAGGCCGGACAAGGAGUCGUCGCAACGACGGCGCAACGACUCCGACUCCAGCGAGGGCAGGUUCUCCAGAAACUCCGAGUCGGAGAGGUCCUCCAUACCGCGUUCCAGCUCGGUCAGCGUCGAGCGCUUCUCCAUGCGCGCCAACUGCGACUCGUCGGACUUCUCACGCGCGAACUCCACGUCGAAUGAGCGCUUCCACUCGGACUUCUCGAUAGCGGUGGCGAGCGCGAGCUCGAACGACCACGUGUCCGUACCGAGCUCCGACCCGUUCUCCAUCCGCAAUCUCGACUUCGUCUCGUUCUCGCUGCCGCGCGCGGACUCCAGCGAGCACCUCUCCGCGCCCACGUCCGACCGCUGCUCCGAGGAGCGCUACUCCGACUUGUUCUCCACGAGAAAUUCGGACUUCUCCGCGCGCAACUCCGCCGACUUCAGGACGCAGUCCGACGAGGAGCGCUUCUCCGACGAUUCCCUGGAGGAACUGCUGCCGCCACCGCAGCCCAUCAGCAAGAGGCACUCCAUCGCGUGGGAGGUGUCCCUUGAGGAUGAUCCCCUGUACGCGCCCGGUAGCACCAAAGUCGUCGGCAGGAGACGACGAAAGAGCAGCGAUGUCUCAAGCGUAGGAUCCGCGUCGAAGCUGCGCGACUUCGACGAUUGGCAGGACCCGCGGCUGUCCACUACCGACGACGACCUAGUCUCGCCGUACUCGGACUCGUCCACAAACGAGCUCGACCAGAUUCGGCCGCAGGAGCUGACGAAGAAUGGCACUUACGUCAUACGCCGCGGCCGUAAGAAAGAGCGCAAGGUCUUGCCGAAGACUCCGACCAAGACCAAGAGCUUGUCCUUCGAGAACGGCGAGGAGAGCCGACUGUCGGAUGUGAGGCGAUACUCGAGCACCUUCGACAACAUCAAGAGCCUGCUGAAGGAGGGCAAGCUCGAAGGCCUGGACGAGCCGCCGGCGGAAUUCGCGGUGCCGGUGCCACCGCCGGACCUCAUCAGAGUCGUGUCCAUGCCGGCGAUCAACAACGACGCCGGCAACCGAGCUCAGCUGGAGAUCACCGUGGAGGAGGAGGAGUCGUCCGACGUGUCCGACAAGGACAAGGAGCGCGACAACAUCGAGCUACCUCGGCUGCCACCAUCGCCUAUCGAUGACGACGAUCGAACGGAUCUUCGAGUCACGGAUCGAUCGAGAGACUGCAACGGCGUGCCGGCGCCUUUCUCGAUGGACUUCGACGCGGCCAAGUCGUCGACGAACUUGCUCGUGGAGUCGCAGACGUCGAAGAAGGGCGCGACGAGCAGCGAUCGGCUGGCCUCCAAGAUCCCGGUGAAUCUGCUGAUCGAGGACCAGAUCGUGAAGAAGGCGCUGAAGGAGAAUCGCCGGCAACUGGAGAAGGUCAGCGACGCGAUCAAGGAGAUCGAGAGCGUGAAGAACAGCGAGUCGUACUGCGACAGUAAGCGCUGGCGGAACGGCGACGUGAAGCAGAGCUCGAAGCGCAACAGCUUCGAGAACAAUGAGCCCGUGGCCGAGCGGAAGCCCACAGUGGACGGCAGCCCGUUCGACAGUAGGAACCGGAAGCAGCACAGCUCCGACUCCGAGACGUCCAAGACCAGCUCGGACGCGGACUUUGACCGAAGAAAACCGAACGGCACCGACGUCGUCUACUCGUCCGGCAGGCGGCUGCGCCAGAACGGCAUCGAGAACCACAAGAACGAUCAGAAGCAAAUCGAGAACGUGAUCGACGCCAUCCUGGAGGAUUCGAAGAACCCGGAUUUCCAGGUGAGCGUCGAGGUAAUGGAGUUCCCGCCGUUGCCGCCCUCGCCUGUCGAAGAGGCCGAUGAGGAGAGCUCUGAUAUCGGUCAGAGCUCGAUAAUGCCGCCGAAGUCCAAGAGCCACGGCAACAGGACCAUAGAGUACAGGCCGAGGGUGCCGCCCCAUCGCACCCCGGUCGGCGACUCAAAAGAGCAGGCUUCCCUGAACACCAGGUCCAUGGACGCCGGUUUCGCCAGGGGGAGACGCGCGCCGGCCACCAAUAAUUCCAGGCGAGAGGUACCCGUCGAGCGAAGGACCUUACCCACCGACCUACCGGGACCAUCCCGUCGACGACCAUUUACUAAGAGGCACUCGCCCUCGGCAGAGGCGUGCUCCUCGUCCGGUGGCAGCGGCAGCGGCGGCGGUUGCAGCGGUGGCGGUGGUGGUACCGGCGGUAGCGUCACCACCGGCACUGCAUCCGGGAUGCAGACGUCGUGCUCCUUACCGGAGACCCCAGUGUUCGCCAGGGGCAGCGACAUCCCGAGGACGCCGCAGCACGCUGGCAACCCCACGCAGUCGAGACGGCAACCACCCGGCUGGUACGCACCGACCACAGCUACCGGUUACCGGCGAAACAAUCCCGGCCUGGAGCAGGCCAUAAUCGGCACCGAGCUACUGCGGUUGGCGGGCGGCCCGAAUCGCGGAUGGUACCCGACCAGGAAGGCGAACCAGCCGCGGCCGGCCUCGAUCGAGCAUCUGGAGCGGCUCAACAACGCCUACGACGCGCGACUGCCCGGCACCGGGGACCAGAGGAAGCCGCUCACGCUGCCCACGAACAUCACGCCCAACAAAUACUUCGGCCAAAGUAAGCACAGCUCCGCCUCCAGCACUCGCGAGGCGCUACGGAGGGUCACUAGCUUGCUCAUCAAAAAAGGAAGCGGCAACAAGGAUAACAAGGCCAACAAGGACAACAAUUCACCCUCUGGCCCUUACGCCGGCGCGGACAGCGGCGACGCGCCCAAGAAGAAGGGUUUCUUUAAGGGCUUCUGGAAGAGGUCGCGUCACUACUCGCUGGAGAACCAAUAGCCCACGAGGUGCGCAAGGGCGACGAGCUACCAGCAGCAACAGCAGCAGCGAAACAGACAGACACGACAGCAACGACAGCAGUACCAGCAGCAUCAGCGAGGCAUCGCUACCACGACCCUCGGGAACAACCCCUGCUGCUGUAUCGUCCAGUAACCCCGAUCCACCACCACACACACGGUGGUGUCGACCGCGACCCGCGGUGUGCGUCCCUUCAAUCACCACCCACGAUGCAUCUCCGUUCCUCUUCGCGCGACGCGCGAUGCAAGGCUAAAGGCGAGACGAAAUUCGCGUUUCCACCACCUCGAGCCUGGUCAAUCGCUUCGGACGAGACGACGUGUGAGCACGAACGUUUCCAUCAUCGUUGCCGACCUCGAAAGGACACGUUGAGUGAUUUCUUUUUUCGCUACGAUUCGCAGCCAAAGUCCAUUUUCUCAGUAUUAAGGAUCGACACGCCGCGGCAAUUUAUAUUCUCACAUUUCGACGUGAAUGAAUCGACUGUUGUAUGUACGCGGCUUGCUGCGCUACACUUGGCUUCUCUCUGUAUUCGUCCUGGACUACGUUAAAACGAUACAUUUUUCUCUCAGACGAACAGAGAUAGAAAGCCGGCCGGUAUGAUUUCUCAGCUUCGACGGAAAAAGGUGAGUCCCUGCCUGCGCGUUAUUUGAUUUCCCUUCCCGAAUUUUUCCCGAAUUUUUCCGUGUUUUUUUCCCGGAAAUUGAGGAUUAUCGUUCAACAGACUACAGCAAGUUUCGUGUCGAACCGUCGUUGCCUUGGAGAAUUUCUGGAUGAGAGAUUCGCCAAGGAUUUUCCAGGAAUCUCCUAGGCGAUCCGCGGAAAACUCCAACACGAGUAUCGGGGUGUCGUUGGUUAAUCGACUUGAAAAAAUUCGCGCGAGGAAUCGCGUCUGCCUUCGCGGGAGAACGCGUCGCGAUCGCAGUAACCGUAGCGACCGUCUGAAACGAGACUUGUCUCGGAUCGAAACGCUUCUUCACGCUGUCUUCGUCACGCCGUCUGUCACGCCGCGUUGGCUUUUCUCGCCACGCAUUAUCACGCGCUUAUAUAAAGAGAUCCGCGAUUUGUGUUCGCCAGGAAUCGAGCGCGAGCCCGCGUCCGAGAUCGCAUCGGGACGGGCUACGAAAUCGCCAAUCGACGAAAAUCGACGGGAAGAGGAGACACCUCGCUUAGCUUCUUGUAGCAUUUCCGCGAUGUCAUAACUCGAUUCAACAGUGCUGACCCACGCGGUUCGACGCGUCAGUGGCCGCGUUGGCGCACAAUGUGCAUCGUUUUGCAAAAUUUUUCGCAGGCCAAGUUGUGAAACGUCUUUUUUUAUUUACAGAAAACCGAAUCUUAAUUCGAUUUUUUAUUGUGUUAAGACAAAUUUUUUUUCUUGGGAAGCUUGACUCUCAAAUGCGAAUUUGUAUUAUAUUUGUAUUAUAUUUGUAUUGAGGACGGGUACACGACGGAUCGAGUAGUCCGUCGUUAGAACAUAUUCCGUGUACGUGUUACAUAUUUUUCAGUUAUUACGAAAGAAAGAUUGUAGUUAACGAACCACAAUCAUCGCCAGUCGCGUUUCGUCGAUCGACGAGAUCGCGCUGCUCUCAGUUCGAGAAACUCUCCUUUUGUAAUCGAGAAGCGCACGCUGCGUUUGUAGAGAUGAAACAGAGAAACAGAGUAAUAAUAAUAUUAAUAAUAAUAAAAGUAAUAUAAUAAUAAUAAUGAACAAUUCAAUAUACAGAGUAUUCGGGUAUAUUUGAGUAUACACACACUCAACUUAUAUUAUUAUAGGAGACCCGGUGUGUGAUAUGUCGUGAGAGAGACAAAACUCUAGGGAGCCCAGAGCGAGAGUGUGUGGGUGAGAAAGCGAGGAGCGGGCGCGAGUGCGAACGAGAUAAAAGAGAAUAUCAUACGGCGCAUUAUUAUUGAUACUUGACUUGUAAGUUCAUAGAAUCAUUAACACGUUGUAACGUUAUUAUUAAUGGGAUGAUUAUACGCUCGCAGACGCGACACAUACACGCGCGCGCGCACACACACAUACACACACACACACACGUAACACACUCACGCGCGCGCGGAAACGCGCGGACACACUCCCACACUCACAUACAUACACACGUUAUAACGAUAAUAAGAAUAAUAUAUUAUUGAUUAAUAUUAUUACCAAUAAUAUACGAUUAACUGAGAUUAUAUAGCUGAUUAUAAUGUAACGAAAGAGGCCGAUGAUGAUAACGAUAAUGAUGAUCUAGAAGAAGGAGAAGAAGAAAAAGAUGAUGAUGAUGAUGAUGAUGAUGAUGAUAAUGAUGAUAAUGAUGACGGUAACUACGAUCGUAUAUAUUUAAAUAGAAUUUUUAAGUCGAUGUGUUGCGCGUUCAUCCCCUCGGAUAUCAGACAGAGAUGGCCGUGAGACGAAACCGGAAGUCGGUCGUAUGCCAAAGAUUGUCCCCGUAGUGCGUCGAGCUCGAGAAAAAUCGCGUAACCGAAGGAGACUGUCGGCGAACCUUUCAACCAGCGUCUUCUCGUACGUUUGUAAACUAUUUUCUAUCGUGCUAUCGAUUUUUGAUAUUCGCGACCAUGAUUUCAACGCUUAUUAUUAGGGAGAGACAGAGAGACGAUCGGAGCGCAGAAACAUGAAAAACGGAAAAAAGAAGAUUAAAGAAAAAAAAACAAACGAUUACGUUAAUUUUUCACAGGAAGAGUUGCAUUAUAUCGAUCGAAUCUAUAUAUAUAUAUAUAUAUAUAUAUAUAUAUAUAUAU